GAAUGCACCAUUAGCUCUUAUCCAAUAAAGGCGGUGACUCCUCUCGCUUCAGCCUGUACACUACGUUCCCGUUUUAGUAAACAAACAGUCUGGGGAUUGCAUUAAUUUUGUGACUUGUCAAAAGUGUUUGAGAACGGGAGGAUGGCAGAAACGCGAAGAGACUGACUCUUUUUCUCCUUGCCUGACAGUUCGGCUGCAAAAUGGAAAGUCAAAUCGGCUUCUCGCACGCCAUGCGUGUAUAGAAACAUUUGACCGGCGCCAUGUUAGCCACCCAAACGCCAGAUGCACAGCAGGAAGCUAAACAUGUCAAACAGAUCAAGGAGAAGCUGGCGCAGUCGCUCAAAGCCCUACAAAGACGCUACGUGACGUCGGACGCGGUGGUCACCAGCGAGGACGGCGACGCCAAUGUCCUGUGCUGCGCGCUGGAGGCCAUCUUCAUCCAUGGUAUCAAAGGCAAGCACAUUCGCUGGGAGGCCGGGGGCCGUGGCAAGAAGGGUGAUCGCGGACCUGCCCCGCAACCCUUUUUCUGGACCCUCCUGAAGACAGUCACUCACCGCGACGUCAUCACGGAGCUCGAAAAGAUCAACUUUGUGGGCACGGACGUAGGGCGGUGUCGUGCGUGGUUGCGUCUGGCUCUCAACCACGGCUUGCUGGAGUGCUACCUGCUGUCGCUGUUCCGGGAGAGCACCGAGCUGCGGGCACACUAUCAACCAGGCGCCUUGCUGCUCAACAGCGAGGAGCGGGAGGUACUGCUCAGCUAUCUUCAGGGACUGUCUUCGCUUACCUUCAACCUCUCGUACAAGUCAGCCGUUCUCAACCAGUGGACCACCACCCCGCUCAGCCUCGCUGGACUGUGUGCCCCCUUUCCAUCUGAUGCUCUGGAACCGCCUGUCAACGGUAGUGCGAACCAGCUCUCGUGUAAAGAUUUGUGGGAUACGACAUCGCAGUCGUCCGGGUCUUUUGAGGCGGGGGCGCCACUGGUGAAGUCUACAGGCGAGUCCACUGUGGACACUGUAGUGCUCAACUCAUCCACUCUUAGCCUCGACACCACAGGCUCCUCCCAGCUGUCCUCCAGCUUGAGCUCUGACAGCCUCCUCCAGGGGCAAGACCUCCGCAGCCCUGCAGGGGAGAAGUGGUCCACUUGCAAUAUCAGUGGCAGCACCAGGGCACCAGUCAGUGGAUCACCACCCAAGCUCCGGGAGAAUGGCAGCUCCAGUCAGGAUUCUAUGCGCGAAGACUCCUUUUCCUCCAGCACUGGCGCAGAUCACUCAUCCUCAGACAGCGACCAGCCGCCCAGUUCUGCUCUUUCCGACACAGAGCCGCCGCCGCCAACUGAACAGCCAUCGCCACGCCAGAAUCAAAUUGACCAUUCUCAGGCUGCGGACCUGAAGCUCCCGCAGAAAGGGGAGAAAGGAACUAAAAGCGUCGUAAACACCAAGCUGUCGUCCGAAUCCCAGAUGCGCUCGUGGAUAUCCGAGGAAGACAUCUAUAAGCCCCGUGUAAAUGAGGAGUCGGACCACGAGGAGCAGUUGACGGCUCCUGCUCCUCCUGCGCCUCUGGCAGAUUCGCAGUUGCCGCCAAGCGUUGUGCAUCGCCGCCAAAUAGGCCUCUCCAACCCCUUUCGAGGCCUGCUGAAACUCGGCCACCUGGAGCGUCGCGGCGCCAUGGGGAUGUGGCGGGACCACUACUGCGAGCUGUCACCCUUCGAGUUCCGACUCUACUUGAACGCCGAAGAGCGCACGUGCUGCGACAACUGCUCCCUGCUCCGAUGCGAAGACGCUCGCCUGACCUCGUCUGACGGCCGCUUCGAACUGGCCUUCCCCGGCAAGCGACUGCACCUGCGCGCUGCUAAUCGUGGUGAGGCAGAGGACUGGGUGGACCGCAUCGCGGAGGCGGUCAACAAGUGCCGGCCCGUGUCUCGCGUUGACGAACCGUGGGAGAUUCUGGAGGCGCCUGCAGAGAACUGCUUGGAUGACAGCAACUCUUCUUUGCCUUGCUCUGCCUCGUGUAGUCCCGAGCGAGGCUCCUCGCCGCCUCCACCUCACGAAUGCAACUGGACUCGCGUAGCGGAAUUGGAAAGGGAUGCCAUCAAGGAAGCUGUGCUAUAUUGUUGCUCGGAUGUUGAGGCUCGCUCGUGGACGCCUCUAGUCUUCUCGCUCUCUCUCGAGGCCUUGAAAGGCUUCCGGGUGCAAGAUGGAAAAAAGGUGCUGCGGAUGACGUUCCCCAUCCAGGACGUGCGAGACGUAGUUCCCGACGUCGCGCUGGGCGGACCCAACUUUUUUAAACUCCUGACACUCAGGGAGACACUCCGAUUGCGGGCGGAGAGCGCGGAGGAGGCUUGCUCCUGGAGGUCUCGGAUCCGCGGUGCUCUGGACUCUUACUUGGAGAGCGGUGAGGAGGUGGAGGCUGUAGGCCAGAAAGGAGGCGAGAAUCUGCACAGACUCGUUCAGCACAGACUCAAAGAAGACGGAGCGCUGCUGGUACAUCUUUGCACGGUGCCCACACAGAAGGGACUGGACACACAGAAUUUUAAAUGUGCAGGCUGCCCCCAGCUGAUCGGCCCGUCGCUGGGACGAGCCCGCCUGUGUGAGUUCUCCGGCCAAUACUAUUGCGAUUCCUGUCACUGUGGCGAUACCACCGUUAUCCCUUCACGCAUGCUGCACAACUGGGACCUCAAUAAACGCGAGGUUUCGAAAAAAGCGCUUUGGCUGCUGGCUCAGGUGGAGCAGGAGCCUCUCCUGAACCUGGAGCAGCUCAAUCCCGACUUGGCAACACACUGUGACUCCAUGGCUCUAGUGCACAACCUGCGUCAGAGGCUACGGCUGCUGGGCGACUAUCUUGUCACCUGCCGCAGUAAUGCCUGCAAAAUGCUCCAAGCCAGGAUGAAGCAGCGAACAUACCUGCUGGAAUCCAGCGGCCUGUACAGCGUAAGAGAUUUACGGGAGAUUGCCGAGGAGCAGUACACCCCCUUCCUGGUGUCGCUGUGCCAGUUCGCCAGCAGCCAUGUGUUCAGCUGCGACCUGUGCACGCAGCGGGGCUUCAUCUGUCAGAUGUGCCACAGCGACGACAUCAUCUUCCCCUUUCAAUUCGACAGCACAUUCAGGUGCAACGAGUGCAAAGCGGUGUUCCAUCGGACCUGCAUGUCGCCGGGCAGUUGCUGUCCUCGCUGCUUGCGAAUGAGGAAGUACCUGGAGAGGGACAUGCAAGACUGAGGGAGGCCAGCAGUGGGCGCUCUUUUCCCCUCUCUGGAAGAGUGCUAAAAAUCAUGCAAUGUCAAGUGCAAUUAUAGAUAUUAGUGAAAGUGAGAGGUGGACUGAUUCUAACUUAUUGACUUGUGCUGCCACGGUAAAAUCUUUAUCGUGAGAACUAUUUGCUUUUCGUUUUUUUCCCUCAAUUCGGCUUACAUAAGAAGUGGACUGAUUUACAUGCAAAAAGAAAACAUAAGAUUAACACUUGAAAUUAAAACGCUCCAAUGUGCCUUAGGAUUUUCUUUUCAAACAGCUAGAUGACUUCAAAUGUUGCAGUGCCAGCUGCUUUUCUGACUUUUCUAUUUUUUUUUUUUUUUUUUUUUGUAGUAAAUCAAGCCUUUGCACUGAGCUUUGACUGUUAAUUUACUCAGUCACUAGCAAGACUAAAGCUGCAGUCUUUUUUCUUCUUCCCCCCACUCACUUGCAUGUGAUUCAUAAACGGUCAAAUAAACUUCUUAUGUGUCACAUUCUAUUUAGCCUUGUCAACUUAUUACAAGUAUUAUAGACACAUUUCCGAGGUACUUCCGCUUUACUUCCGCAUGUCUGCUCGCAACUUCCAUUUUACAAUCUCUCCAUCCAAAACAACAGUGGAGCUGGAGUAACAUUAUUCAUCAAAAUCCCUUAAAAAAAAGACCAUUUGGAAAUACUGCAUCCAUCUGCCAUCAUCACGACAGGGGUGGACAACAUGUUCAUGAAGGCAGAUGUGGAACCAACCUCGUGCCUCCACAAAGACCGUGUGUUUUUGUACCCACGUUGCCGCUGUGUUACGGAAGGUGUGUUCUUCCUAUCCGUGCAUUUUCAUGUGUCCGAUGCUCAAAAAAUACUAAAUCUUGCCCAUGAAACGACUUGUUGCGUUUAUUAUUACUACGAUGAUGAUUGUAAUUAUGAUCUUUAAUAUUAUUUACUACAACUACUUUAUCUGCUGCUAGCCCUUUACUAAUCAGUAUGUGUAGAAUGUCAACGCAUAAAUGCAAGUGUAACAGGUUUUUUUGUUCGUUUGUUUACAGGUGGAGAACACUGUUAGGAAAGGGAAGAUUUGUUGAUGUGCCUCACAACAACAUUUACUGUACUUUGAUGGACAUAUACCGAAACUACGUGCGUUCUACCCAAGGGCGGCCAAGAAACUGAGGCUGAGAGACUGUGGCUCGCCUCGCGGCGGACUGCCAACUCGAUCCCGAGAUCCAACUACGAGCUUUUUAACUGCAGCAACUUUAAGAUGAGCUAUUGGAGCUGGAAUUACCGAGGAUAUCGGGAGAAAACCCGUCUGGAGGCCGCCGAGGAUCUCCGUAAUGUCGGGUGAAAGUUUGGCGGGGCUCUGGAGCUGUACUGUCUGUUAUCACAGUCUCGUUAGCUAAUUUUCAAAUAAUUUUUACAUUGUGAUUUAUUGAGCUGUUUUGCACAUGCACCAAUCGUUUUAAAUAAAACAAGAAAUGAUUUUGUCCAAAUGUUUUAUUGCGAUUAAUAUCUGCAAUAAAAAGAAUGACAUACUAUUCUUGUUUAUAUCUAUAUACCUUGGAGUAUUUCUUUGUAACAAAAUCCGCGUCGGCUCUUCUGCAUGUGGCGUAUCAAUCUACACUUUACGUCAACACAGUCAGAAUAUUAUAAUUUUGUCCAACACUGAUCAAUGAAGUGAUAAGAAAAAUCAUACAAUAUUUUAGGUAUAUCCUUAGGUUUAAAUCGCAUCCUUAACUUCUUGUCUGCAGCUGGUUUCGAUUUAAGGUGUAUGGUAAGGUAGAUCCACACAGGCGCUUUGAAGCUUGAGGCUGUUCAAAACAUUUCACUCCAAACCAUAUAUAUAGGCGCCUCCAGGAGUUGACGCACAGCACAGAAAGUCUCGGAGUGUCAUCUACGUCGUGCUGAAUCCAUUUUUAGAGAUUCUGUGGGUUCCUCUGGUUUGAUUUUACAGUUUUAACUUUGUCAAUACACUGCUUACUUCAACCGCAAUUCAUGUUGUUCUAUCUAAACCAGAAGUGAGGAGCAGACAUUUUCCAAGAUGGCGCCGCUCAUAUUUCGCUCAGGAAACUUGUCUAUAUAGGUUUUCUUCUCAUAUCCUUGCUUUUACAGUUGUGGAAUUGCUUUAAUGAGACGAGUCUUUGAUCAUGUGCAGCCCAGCGGAAAGAAUCUCGUUUAAUAUAGUGAAAAGACAGAGAAUUUCAUUUCCUUGAUGUGUAUUGGUGGAUAAAAAAAAUUAAAUAGUAGCAAAUAUUUCCCAGAAGCAAAAAUCGCCAAAGCUGAUAGUUUAAAAAAAAUAAAUUUUUUGAUUAAA